AUGAAUGAUAAAUUACCAAAAUUAAUGAAUGUUUAUUGGAAGAUGAGUGAUACAUACGAAGCAUUAGCGAAACAAACAAACAGUUUGGAACCGCUAGAAUGUGCAAUAGCUGCUCUAACUAAUUUACUUAAAUAUCGGCCAUAUGAUCGAAAUAUUCGAUUAAAACGAUGUGCUUUAUGGAAAACUUUACAGAAUCGUGAAAAUGCACUGAUUGAUGCAUUAGUUUAUUUUUGCACUGAAUUAAAUAAAGAUUGUCUUGACGUAUCAUUGGAAAAUAUCAGUCGAGUGUUAAGUAAUGAUUUGAAAUAUCUAAUUAAUGAAGAAUGCAAUCAGAUCGAUGGCUAUGCACAAUUAUUGAAACCAUUCCUAACGCAAGAUUUUAUCAACUUAUGGACGUCAUGUGAUUGUGAUGAUCCACUGGUUGAGGAUAUUUGGAGUGUACGAAAUGAACUACUUGGUACACUUCCAAACGACACUGCUCCAUUAAAAGAAGGUCGAUAUAAGGAAGCUUUGAAAGCUUUAUCAAAUGGUGAAUUAUCAUCAGUAAUAAAAAAUUUGGAAGAAGAAUCGAUAAAUGGAAAAUAUCGAUUGGAAGCAACGUUAUUGUUAGCGUUGGCGCAUACACGUGAAGACGGCGCAACUGUUGAUAAAUUUUUGGAUCGAUUCGAACGAAUAUGGGAUCAAAACCCGCCGGGAUACAGUAUGCGACGUUGUAAGCAAUUGGUUGUGCGCUAUGUAAGCAUAUCACGUGCGAUACGAUACAAUCCAUUUGGUGGUAAAAAAUUGGAAAAUGAAGCAAAAGAAAUGGAAUCUAAUUUGUAUUUACAAGAAGCAUUAAUAAUCUUUUGGAAGCGACAGAAUUCAGAUAUUGAUGAAGUUUUCUGGAAAAAAGAAUUGAAGAAUGAUAACAGGCGAAAAUUACAGCAUAUCCAGAAGUUAUGUGAUUUGGCAUUGAAAGCAAAACCGGAUUUCCAUCAUGCCAAAAUCCUAAAGUUGCGGUCAGUUUUGGAACUACAAAUGGCAGUUAACAUUUCGGUACUCAGUGAUGAUGAUUUAAAACCACUGGAAAAUAUCGUCAAUAAAACGAACGAAAUAUUUCCAGUAUACAGUGCUUUCGGGGAUUUGUGCUUGUAUUCGAUUUAUCUUGCUAACUCAAAAAUUGACAAGGCUAAAUUAUGUUGUGAGCGAAUGCUUGAUGCUCUAUUCUUUCGUGGGCAACCGUUAGCGUUUUUGAUAAGAUAUGAUUGGAAUGUUGAUAAAACGCAAACUUUGGAACGAUUAGAGAUGUUAGUAGCAAAAGAGCCUGAAAAUUAUGUGGCACAUAUUCUUAUGUAUUAUUACCAUUUUAAACACGGUAAACUGGAUUAUGCUCUUAAACAUGCCGAUUGCGCCCUUAAAUAUUGGCCUUAUCAUAUGAAUACAGACAAUUUAUUAGUACAUAUUCGUGAAUAUGUACAUUGCCGCCUUCUGCAAACAGUACAAAAUGAAAUGGAUGAGGUUGUUGAAGCAUCGCUUUGCAUGUUAUCAUGUUCGUUACCGAUUCUUGAAGAUUUAAAAAAAGACCAAGCGACAUCGGGAAAAAUCCAAAGAGUGUUUUCCACCAAAGCAAAUACAAGCCAAACCAAAAAAGUCAUUAAAAUUCUGGAAAAACCCAGUCAUGACUUUCUUGAAAUGGAACAAUUCUACCUCAAAUUAGAUGCAAUAGCACAACAAGAAUCUGAAAUGUCGGAAAUUUCCAAGGAAAAAGAUGAAGAGUGGAAAAUACGUGAAGCAGAAACAGCUCCUACUAUUAAUUCCCGAGUUUUUGGUAACUCAAAAAAACCCGAUCAUUUUGCAACAUUGGAAGAAAAAGCUGAAAAUGCUGGGAGAAUGAUCAGCGCAACGUUUUACUAUGCGGAACAAUUGCGACGUAGAAUCGAACAUGGAUCACGAAUGGAGAAAGAUAAAGAUCGUAUUGAUGCUAAAGAUUCAUCCUUAAAGCAAUCACUGGAAUCUGAAAAACUGAUAGCAUUCGACAAGGAAAAAAUAGAAAAUAGUAAAGAUUUUGAUACGACCAAUCAACUGAUAGUAAGUAUCAAACAAGGAAAAAAAUUGGAUGAAGAAAAUUAG